AUGACAGAUCUCCUUGGCCGAAAAAUGCCCAACGGUCGGGCCUCCAAAGGAGUAGAAAAGCAGCAACCUGUCAAUGGAGUAAAGAAACAUGAUGAUGGAGAGCCAGAGGAGGCAGCUCUACGCGACAUCUGGCUGAUCAAUACCCUUAAUGAGACCCUUGCGGCGUCCUGGGACCUCGAACAGCCAAGUCAAAAGGAGAGAACAAAGGUGGUGCGGCACAAGCGCCUCGUGGAGACUGUCAGCCCGCUUGGAGACCGACGUGUCCGAGUCAACAGGAGAGAUUUUGCCCCAAAUGGCAAAUACCGCGCAAUCUGUAAGAUUUUCAUGGGCUAUGCUCGAGAGCCUGAGACCCAGUAUAUCGGCACCGGGUGGCUCAUCGCCGAUGACAUUCUUGUCACGGCGGGCCACUGCCUCUAUGACCCAGCAGGAGGUCCACUCAAGUGGAUUAAGGCGUUUAUUGGCUUUGUAGGCCCGGAAUCUAAAGCCAAGAACGACCCAAACUGUGAGAUGCGUCUUGGAAAGGUUGCCGCUUUACCGGCCGAGUAUAUCAAAGCGCAGACAGUGGUUCAUGACGUAGGAUUUAUCAAACUUGACAAACCCUUCUCUCAGCCUAAAAUUUUCGAGUACAAAGACACUCCUUCCGUUGCCUCGGGAAUCGAACUCGGUGUUGUUGGAUACCCCGGCGAUGUCGAUGGCGGAGAUAAUAUGUAUGAGCACUGGGCCAAUAGCAAAAUCAACUUGUCCCGUACUGGAUAUCUGUCAUAUAAGAUCGACACAGAAGGUGGCGAGUCGGGAUCACCAGUUCUCAAGAGAGCUCGCCCGGGCAAGGGGCUUGAUGUUCCCAUUGGUGUGCAUGUGCAGGGUGGUUAUCCCAAUUCCGGGUCUGUAAUUGGACCGCUGGGAAAUAUUUUCUCAGAAUACGUCAAGGUUCUGCACAUCAAGCACUCCAAAGGCAAGCUCCCAACUGGUGUUACCAAGAUUCCAACUUCCCAAUCCCUUGGUGUUCGUGAGUUCGAAUUUGUCCGCCUUCCCGCGAGUGGGUCUACAUCAUCAGGGUCAAAAGAUACUAGGGACUACGACCGCAGCGAAGGCUCGGAUGAGCAGGCUGACAUCCGAUCUCAUGAAGAGGAUGAGGAUGAGGAAGAGGAAGCCGAAAAGAAAUGGGAAGUUGAAGAUGGAGAGGAAGAAGAAGAAGAAGCAAAAAAGGACGAGGAUGAGGACUACGAAAGCGAGAUACCCAGUUCCCCAAAUGCGCGUCUUACUGAGGCAAAGAAAGCUUUGGACCGCUUGCAAGGGAAACCAUCACAGCUGUACACCAUUGAUAUGGGCGGUACCAAGAUACAGGUUACAUAUGAAGAGCUCCAGAAGCUUCGCUCUCAGCUCACGUCGGGAAAGAAGAUCAAGGCUGCACUUUCGACGCAGCGACCUGAAAAACUCCCAGCUAGAUUCUGGCGCGAGUCCGGUCCUCUCCCUGACCCUGCAAGUGCUGUUUCCGGAAGUGACCCCAAAAAUCAAGAUAUUCAAACUACAUACAUGAUCAACUUCCCUCCCGAGCUCGAUGGCGAGGGCGCAGAGGUACUGAAGAAGAUCAAAAAGAGUGUGGGCAUAUGGCAAGCCUGGACCUCUAGUAUGUGCGAGCAGAAGCUCCAACAGAAAAUUGACAGCCGUGAGAUCCCAGCGGACAACGCAGCUUCCUCAGUUGCUCUGAGGGGUAGCUAUCGGUCCAUGAUCUUUGAUUUUAUUCUCCGUGGAAGCACUUGGUUCGCCAAAACGUACGACGAAGUUCAGACUCGCACAAUCUCUUGCACCAAAGCAGAGUUCCACAUGCAACUCAUCUCGACUGUGCUUGCUGGGUUCGCCGUACCAUCCUCUGUAUUCUCAAAGUUGGAGGUGGCAAUGCAGUCUUUGUCUGAUGGUAUCCUCAAGAUCUCCAAGGAUAAUAAGCAAGAGAGUAUCCAGUAUUGGAUCAUGUUAACCCGAUACGAUUACGACCAUUACACUAAAACUGUUCAACCAGUUAUUCGAGUGAUCAAUUUCAAGACCGACUCAAGCACAAGCGAGUACACUGUCGGCAAGAGCAAAGUUAGCAGCAUCAACAUGAAGUUUGUCUUCAAUCAAUACCAGUGCGAUUUCAACUAUGAUAUUUUCUCGAAAUUGGAGCCCUCGAUUUCCGGCGAACAGGUCAGGGCUGGCGAGGAGUUCAUCGGCCGGCUUCUCUCCCUCAACGUGGACGUUCCCAAACAAGUUUUCCAACAGGAAAAUGCACUGUCCAAGGAUUUGGGAAACGUGGUGGAUGAUCUUGUGCGACAACGACGGGAGAGGGAUAUUCAGGAUUUGAUGGAGGAUUAUGACGAGUACACCGGACUUCUGGCUCUUAUUCGUAUUGUCAUAAGGAACAUGGAUGGGUACAGUCAAAGUUUGUCAACGGAUUCGAUCGAUAUUGCAAUUGAAAGUUUAUUUUCCGCACAAGCGUCCAUGAGAGAAGAGCAAGAUCGGAUCGUCAAUGUCGGGUUCCCGAAAUGA